AUGAAGCUCAUUCUUUUGUUUUUGACUGUUACCCUGCCACUAGCCCAGGUCAUUCCAGUCACGAAGUGUUGGGGUAAGUCGGGAAGGUGCAGAACCAUGUGUAAAGAGAGUGAAGUAUUCUACAUAUUAUGCAAUGCUGAGGCAAAGUGCUGUGUCAAUCCCAAAUAUGUACCUGUCAACACAGGAUCCUCAAACUCAAGUGGAAGCCUGCGAGAACCUCCUGCAGUCUGA